UGAUUUCUGGGAAAAGCCUCCCUCCCCUCAUGUCUCCUCCUCUGGGUGUGUCAGAGGAGAAAACACUUCGUCUUGAUCUGAGAGCAGGACUGAGAGGAACACAGAGCAGCUUCUUCUCUCCUCCAGUUUCUUCACUCAUGGAAAAGAGUCUGUAAGAAGACGUGAAGAGAGUUCAGUCGCCGCUCGAACGCCACAUUGGUGUCAGAAGUGGGAUGGCAUACCCGCGACUCCAGAGGAAAGAAGACUUCGAAGAGCUACUCCUAGCCGUCGAAAAGGGCCUGGACCUUCUCCUGGGCCUGCUCCGGAGAGCUAAAGAGCCGACUAGUGGAGAGUUUGCUCCCGUUAGCGCUGACAGCUCCGCCACACUGAAGACCCGCCGGGCCGCCGGGGGGCGGCCGACUACGAACGGCGAAGAAGACGACGCCCUGGCCGCCGUCAUGAGGGACGGCGCUGCUGAAGCCGGGGCUCCGGCAGCCGUGAGCGGGAAAACGCCCGUAAAGCUGCCCAAAUAUAACGGCACCAGCCCGCUGGAAGUCUACAUGAAGCAGAUGCGGGUAGCUGCAGCGCACAACAGCUGGAGUGACCAAGACACCGCCGCGCACCUCGCCCUGGCUAUGGAGGGUGAGGCACAGCGGGUCCUCCUCGACUUGUUGCCUGGAGAAGAGCAGGUGCUGCCCACAUUAAUCACCGCGCUUGAGCGACGCUUCAGGCGGCGCACAACAGAGGCCGCUGAGAGAGAGAAACUGAAUAACCGCUGCUGCCACGAGGGAGAGGACCUGGGCUCCUUCGCUGCUGAUGUGCAGCUGUUCGCGCGGCGGGGUUACCCCGCCUUUCCCGUGAACGUGCUGGAGGAAUUGCCCCUCCAUGCGUUCCUGCAGGGACUCACACCCGAGCGGUUGCGGCAACAUGUGCAACUCGCCACUCUGCAGACCCUGGAGGAGGCCCUCCGGGAAGCAGAGCGAGCUGAGACGAUCCUCUCCACGCCGCGGGGCGGCGCUACAUCACCGCCCUGGGUUCGACUGGCUGACACCACCGAGGAAGACACCGAAGCAGUCCGCCAGGCACAGCGCUCCACAUCGCCCCAAACAACUCGCCGGGAGUGCCGUGAAAGUGACGGCUGCUAUCGGUGUGGUGAACCAGGCCACAUCGCGAGAAACUGUCCGGCGCCGGCCCCGAGAAGGCGAGCUCUGGCGAUCGAGAAGCGGGGUGGUGCUAUGAGGAAGCCGACCACCGACCGCCGCCAGGGCCGGUACACGCUGGUGGAGAGCUCCGGUCAGGCCGAGGAGCUGCACUGGUCGUGCUGCAUCGACACCGCAGAGAGAAGCGUCAUCCUGGGGACCCAGGAUUGCAAGCGUCGGCCGAGCCGAAAGAGACGCUGCAAAAGAAAGCAGACUGACGACUCCGCCCACUCCGAGAAGCAGUAGUCAAUUACGUCCGCUGAGCGAGAGGCCGACUUCGCUCCUGCAGAGUGGGCACCAACCACCGAGCGUGAGCAGGGCCCCGCCCCCUUCAAAAAGCUGUCUCCAACUACGUCUGCCGAUAAGAGACAGCGCCUCACUGAGGCCACCCCCCCCGGUGGCCGCCCCAUGUCAGAGGCCUCGCCGCUGCCGCUGUGCAGCCUCUCCGCUGGGACCGUUGAAGCAGUCAACGAUCAGGGGCGGCGUCGAGACAUCUUUGCGGCCCGUGGCAAAGACUGUCGGCGUGUCUCCUGGGUCCUGCACAUGGCCCAGGGUUCGGUGGGGGCCGGGCGCUGCGAGGUGCCGCAGCAUCAUGUUCACCGCUGUGUCUCCUGUCCUUGGUCCGCCGGAGGGAGACCAGGGCGGGUUAGGAGGCGCAAGUGCAGGCGCAUGGUGGCCUUUCACCGCAACCGGCUCUCCCUGUACUGGCAUUUGGAGCCGCCCGGGAGGGGAGAAGCUGGCAACGAAAGACCUGGGACUGUUGGCGCGGACCCCCGGCUGGGACCGGCGCCGGAGGGUCCGCGUUGCGUUUCGCGCCGCCGGAGGCGGCCUGGACUGUUGGACUCUUUUGAGAACUUUUGUCCCUGGGACUAACGGGGUUUCGGGGACGUUAAACCCCUUGGGUGGGGGCGAUGUAGCGACCGCGGGGGUUGCUAGGGGCGCUAGAGAGCCACUGCCCCAGAACUGAGUGUUCCGGGGAGCCGCGGGGCAUUAUGGGAGCUCCCUGUUCGGGACUUUUGGGGCCAUUUGCGGGGUUUCUCUGCGUUCCUGGGGUUUGCUUUCAUUGUGGUUGUGUUUUGCUUGUUGUUAUGUGCUGUUUGUGUGCUUUUAUUUUCAUCAUGUGUCGGACCGUGGGUCGAGGGGGUUACUUGGGGGCUGACCUGGGGCCUACGGGCCGCCAUGAUUUUGUCUCGGUGUUGGUGUGUCAUGUUCCCUUGCUUGGUUGUUUUCACAAUAAACCCUUUGGUUGAGCAAUAGAGCAGACCUCGUCUCGUCUUCUUGCCCGCAAGUCGCCGCUCGAACGCCACAAUAUAGUGCAUUACAGUAUGCGUUUCACAAUUAUUAACUGCUGUUCACGGCGCCGCCGACUCAAGCCGAACAGAAAGCGCCGCAAGAGAGUGAUCAGCACUCAGCACGCACACCACAGCUGGCUGUCCUCAGCUCAUGCUACAAGCUAAGCUCCACCGCAGUAAGUUUGAGCCCCAAAAUGAAAACUCGUGAUGUAAACAUGACUGAAUAAGCUUCCACAAGUUAAGUUGUGGCCACGAAAUAAUAAAUCGUGUGCACGAAAUAUUAACUCGUGGCUACGAAUUAGGUAUAUCAUUCACUGAACAGCCCAUUAAAGUUAGCAGCAUGUUCACAGAUGUAGAUGUAGCAGUAUAGGUGUGUGUGCUCUGUGCAGGGUGCUGCUGAUUGGCCGCCUGGUAAGGUGGCCCAGUAUAAAAGCAGCCCUCCUCCCAGCAAUCAUCCUUUUUGCACUUCUGCUGGUCUUGGCACGUAAUAUCCAGGUCUGACCUGGAUAUGACGUGCCAAGAACCCGUGCAGUUGGGUGCUCCGUUUUGAGGCUUCGCUGCAUUAUUCCGCUUUGGUAAAGCAUUGGUGGCUGGAGUCCUCUCUCCCUCCCUCCUCUGAGUGUGCGUGUGUGCAUCUGCUGAAAUCCCAGGUGCCGCUGUGACCGGCUGGGAGCGUCGCUGCUGCUUUGUCUCCAGCUGAUUGUCUCCAGCUGCUGGGGUUGAGCUGCUUGGUCACAAGUCUUUGUUUUUGGUACCUCCAACCUGCAUAACACGGUCUGCCUGUGCCGCCGAGGAGAUCCGACGACGGCGCAGCAGCUACGACUGAGCCAAAUCCCCCGUUGCCUUGUGCAGGCCGGGGCACCGUCUUCAACCGGGGCUCUCCGCCCCUACUUCUAGUAUGAACGAGUCAGUGAGUGUGUGAACGUGUGGAUUGUGUAUGUGACUGUGUUUUGUGUUAUGUGCAUCUUUUGUUAAUUUUGAUUUCUUUUUGAUUGC